AACCCACUCAAAAUUCAGUAACUCACAAACUCAUGGCCUUUGGUAAUUAGAAAAAUAUCUCCAAAAUAAUAGAAAAGUGAAACAAGGCAGACUGUGCUCUUUUGAUUAGCUUUAUUCUACUUCGAUUACUCUAUUUAAAGGUGGUAUUAUACAUUCUUAGGACUUUUAGAAUAAUAAAUAACAUCAUCUCAAUAGAUUUAAAGAUGAUAUGUUUCACAUCUAAGAAUUCAAUGAGCCACCUAUUUUUAAACAAGCAGAAUAAUCUAGCCAAUUCAACCAUAAUUUUAGAAAUUUCAUCAAAAUCAUUGGAUUCAAUCCAUUUUAGAGUUACCAAACCACCUAUAAAAGAAAUGAAACCGGCAUACAACACAUGAUAUAACGAUCCCGUGAUUUAUUAUUAGUUUAAAAAAACUUCACCCGAUGCUGAUAAAUCUUUCCCGGAGAUCCCAUGCAAAUUCUGUUUCAAUGAGAACCAAACGGUUUUUCACUUGUCAAAUUUAGAGUCUCGACUCCAUAAAUCUCACUCGAUCGUCGCCCUCAGUCGUCUCUCUGGUACACUGAAAUGUCAGAAAUGGAAGUCCAACAGUCAACCUACGACAUCGUCAUAUUCGGAGCUUCUGGUUUCACCGGCAAGUACGUCAUUCGGGAGGCCCUCAAGUUCCUCAAUGUACCGUCUUCUCCAUUGACGUCCCUGGCACUAGCAGGUCGAAGCCCGUCGAAACUAGCCCAAGCUCUCGAAUGGGCCUCCCACCCGAACCCACCGCCUCAGAUCCCCAUCCUCACCGCCGACACCACCGACCCCUCUUCCCUCCGCCGCGUCGCCUCUCAGGCCAGGAUUGUUCUCGAUUGCGUCGGUCCUUUCCGCCUGUACGGUGAGCCAGUCGUGGCGGCUUGCGUCGACGCCGGAUGCGAUUACCUGGAUAUCUGCGGUGAACCGGAGUUUAUGGAGAGAAUGGAGGCUUCUUACCACGAUAAGGCGGCGGAGAAGGGUUCCUUGGUAAUUUCUGCUUGUGGGUUUGAUUCGAUUCCGGCUGAGUUGGGUUUGAUGUUCAAUUCCCGGCAGUGGGUUUCGCCGGCGGCUCCGAAUCGUGUGGAGGCGUACUUGAGUCUGGAAUCCGACAAGAGGAUUGUGGGGAACUUCGGAACCUACGAGUCAGCAGUUCUUGGGGUGGCUAACAUGGACAAAUUGCAGGAGCUCCGGCGUUCUAGACCUAGAAGACCUCGUCCAACGAUUCCUGGUCCUCCCCCGAAAGGACCAACUGUGGAGCACCAAAAAGAGAUCGGCCUUUGGGCUCUGAAAUUACCUUCAGCAGAUUCUGUUGUGGUCCGUAGAACACUUUCAUCUUUGACUGAAAACCCCGAAGGUAUACCGGGUGUUAACGAAAGUGUUGAAAAUUUUGAAAAGAGGAGAGCCUUCUGGUCUACAGUGAAACCAGCUCACUUUGGCGUGAAGAUAGCAACCAAAUCUCUGUUUGGUGUGGCUCGUUACGUAACAAUGGGAUUGUUCCUUGCACUCUUUGGUAAAUCUUCUAUUGGGAGAGGGAUGCUCUUGAGAUUUCCUUCUGUGUUUAGCCUUGGGUUGUUUAGGAAGAAGGGUCCUACUGAAGAAGAGGUGUCAAGUGCUUCCUUCAAAAUGUGGUUUGUUGGGCAUGGGUUUAGUGACACCAGUCUUGCAUCCCAAGGAACCAAGAAAGCUGACAUGGAGAUUAUUACCAGGGUAAUGGGACCUGAGAUUGGCUAUUUGACAACUCCAGUGACUCUGGUUCAAUGUGCCCUUGUUCUGUUGAACCAGCGGGGUGACUUACCCAAAGGCGGUGUCUUUCCUCCCGGGAUUAUAUUUGGCCCUACAGACCUCCAAGAACGGCUCCAGCAGAAUGGGAUAACAUUUGAUUUCAUUUCAAAGAAGGCUCUCACAUAAAAGACAUAACAGAUUUAGUUGUUUUGUGAACAUUGAGGUCUUCCCUUCCAGGGAAGGCAAAUAUUCCCUACACAAAUUUAGCUGUUUUAUUAAACACCAAUUUUAGUAUUACGAAUAACAGGGUUACACAGGUUUUAGUAAUCAACAUGACUCCCUUUUAUUUUGGGGAUAAAUUGAGUAUCUUUAUCUGACUUUUCUUACAGGGUAGUUUUGCUUUGUUGCCCUCCUGAUAACAAUAGUAUCAUGAGAAAGUAAUAUAUGUCCAUCACCCGUGGAAGAUCUAGGGGAGCAUGGGCAUAGGCGCUAACGCGCCCUCACUCAGCUCUGAACAGUAUUAGUAGUUCUUUUUGGAAAUAAUUUAGUACUAAGGUGAUGAUCCGCAUCCCUGUUUCUUAUUCAUUCUUUGUCUCUUAUAACUUUGUCAUGAAAUUUUACGAGUUUAUUGACUUGGAUUAGUUGGAUAGUGUAGAUGUUGCUAGAGAUAGAUAUUGUUGUGUUGAAGGAGAAGUAUGCAUGAUUAUUAAAAACUCAAAUCUCAAAAAUAUUAUUGCAUUACAGUCAAUAA